UUUUACAAUAAUUACAAGUAUAUUUCGUGAUAAGAACUCUGUGAUAAUUUAAAUUUCUGAUACAGUCUGCGAAAAAUUAGUCGAUUUUUUAUUUAUAUUGAUUCUUAAUGGUUUUCCAAACAUCUCUUGCUGUUUAUUCCUGUCAUUUUACCAUACGUUCCGCACAAAAUUUGAGUUUUCGGUUCAAUAAGUAAAUUGUUUUUUCGCUAAACAGUGCUGUGUGAGUCGAGUUUACACCUAAAAGACGUACCUACAAGUUACCGUAAAGUGAAAUAGAAGUAUGAGCUCAGAUGAUGAAAGUUUCGCAGCCGUGCAUAUUGUAGCCAAAAAAGUAGAUGAUAAUGUGACUUAUUACCUGGUAAAAUGGGAAGACCAAGACGAGAAGGAUGAGAAUUCGUGGUAUCCUGCGAAAGACUGCUCCAAAAUAUUGAUACGAGAAUUUGAAAAAAUCUUAGGAUCAGCUGCGACAAAACGCAAACAUUCGAUUUGCACAAGACCACCCGACGAAGAUGCUGGUAAUCAAGAUAUGAGCUCAAAUUCAACGUCGAGCAAAAUUGAUGAAGUUGAAACGAUUAUUAAGCAAUUCGUAGAUUUGGCAGUUUCAUCGAAUGUUGACGCGAUAGUUUCGGCGAUCAUCGAAACUAAUGAUUUGAGUACAAAUGAAUCCAGACUGAGGGGCCUUGCAGCCAACCAGGUGCGAAUACUGACGUACAUUGAAAAUUGGUCCGAUGAAAUAAAAUUAAUGUUUUUGGUCCAGGAGAAAAGCAACCAAACUGUGAAUGGGUAUUUCAGUGUCGAAGAAAUUAUGGCUAUAUGGGACUGGAAACAGUUGUUGUGUACUUGCGAUAUUCAAGAUAAAUAAAUGGGGGAAAAAACUCACCUACCUCGUAGUUAAUUUAAUUUUUGAUUUUAAAGCUGAUAUGUACAUACCUUACCUAUAUCCAUCCAAUCAUUUUGAUUCGUUGUUAAAUCUAUUUCGAAUUUUUGUAAUUUUUCAAGUUAGAUAAUUUUUUUAAAAAAGAAUUGCUUUUCGAGUUUGUUGUGUA